AUGUCCACAAUUAUGUCCUGGCAAGGCAUUGUACACGGACAUUGUCCACCAAUUUUUAACUUUGUCCCUACUAUGUCUAGGACAUCUGAUGUAAAUAUGAGGACUAUGUCAAGCACUGCACAAGUAAAGAAUAAAGUUACAACAUCUGUAAGCUAUGUUACAACAACACCAAAUCCAAGUUCAUCCAAUCAGCCUAUUUGUCAUACUAUUAGAAAUGAUGAAAGUACGUUUACUGUAACAGAUCUUAAGUGUUUAAGCUUGACACCAAAAUUUCAGCAAUCCAAAUUCUGUUCAUCAAAUAUAAAAAUUUUUACUGAUAGUUCUACUAGAUUAAAACAAAUGGCAAUAGUUACAAUAUUAGUGAUAUUGUCUCCAACAAUUGUUACAAUUAUCCGAAUAAUGACCAGAAUGAAUGUUUUGCUUGAUGUCUUUUUGAAUGAGAAAAAAACAGCAAUUAAAAAAGAGCUUUACAAAAAAAGUCUUGCUAGUUGUCAUC